AUGGAAAAAAUGCCGACACCAUGCGCGGCUUGCAAGCACCUAAGGAGAAAAUGCAUACAAGCCUGCGUGUUUGCGCCUUACUUCCCCGCGAACCAACAGGACAAAUACACAGCGGUCCACAAGGUAUUCGGAGCAAGCCACGUGGCUAGAAUUCUCAACGAGAUUCACCCAAACCAGAGACAAGAUGCCAUGAACUCGCUUGCUUUCGAGGCACAAGCUCGUCUCCUUGACCCGGUCCAUGGCUGCACUCCUCUCAUUUACAACCUCCAACGUCAGCUUGAAGACCUUGAGCACCAAAUCCAAGUCGCAAAGAACGAGCUCGCCUCUUACAAUAUCGUCACGACACUAGAGCCACCUCCUCCGAUUACGUAUCAGCAAAACCAUCACAAUCCUUUGAUGAUGCCUGUGGGUAACUAUGGGGGCCAUUUAACGUCACAACAGUUACGACAAUUACCUGAAGAUGCUCACCGUUAUGCAUCCGCACAUACCGCUCAAAUCCAGCAAAAGCCAGAGACGCAGACGAAUCACAAAUCAGAGAGCGAUAACAAAAAAGAUAUGAUAUCAUCAAAGAUAUGA